GUAUGUGUGUGUGUGUGUGUGUGAUGUGUGGAAUCUACAUUGGAAACUGACGGCCGCGGUGGAUGAUAACGCGCGUUUACAUUCAACGGGGUCCCAACGCAGUCAACAUAACAGCCGACGCCGUGUUGUUAUAAUGAUUAAUGAUUACUAUAAACAAUCGUAUAGUCAUACGAGUCGGUAAGCGUAUUGAGAACCGAGUACAAUAAUAAACAAAUUUAAUUGAAUUUAGAACCCCAGCGAGUGUAUUUGUAACGACUGUAACAACAAUAUUGUCAUGACGUACUACCAUAAAUAUUAGUACGUAGCACGUUGCUAAAAAUAAUAUUAUCACGGUUCACGAGUACCCAGGUACUUAUUAUUAUUUUUUGUUUUUCCGAACAAUUAUUAUUAUCGAGCUAUUUGCCCAGUUCAAGCCGUUCGUUUAUGCGCGCGCAUUGUCGCGUGUACCUAUCGUUUGGCGUAUGUGCGUGCGCGCCGCACUGUGCACACUAGUCGUUUCUAACCGCAUCGCAACAACAACAACAACCGUAGAUAACAGAACAACAAUUAUUAUACAACAUUACAAAUGCCAAUAAUAACGAAAACAACUAUAGUCGUGCAACAGCAGCUCAGUUGUAGUAUCAGCCGAGAAUAAUAACAACGUAGGCGAGUCCGUUGUACAGUUCCGGGCCCCCCUCAAUGACCAUCACGGUAGUAUCGCCGUCGUUAAUAACAAUAACAAUUCCCCUCUUAUCAUCGUCCACAACGGUCGUGCCGUCGCCGCCGCCACCGUCACUGCAACGGAUUCAGUUUUUCCGAAGUAGUGUCGCGUCGCAGCGGUGUUCCGUCGCUGUUUCCCGAGACCAGACAUGUAAAACCGUCACGAUGGAAUCCCGAUAAAGGCCCUGCUGCCCGCCCCUCCCCCCCUCGGCCUGUCCCGUCCGGCGGACGUCAAUGAACGGCCCACCGUCGCCACCCAUUAAUCGGGCGAAAAAUCAUCAAGACGACAACAAGGUAAGUACGGGGAAGCAUAAAAAAUCGUACGUCCGCAGUCCUUGGGACGGUUUUAUCGUCGUACUUAAUUUAAACGCGGGACGCACAUUAAUAAUAAUUAUUCUGUUAUCCUAAUAAAGGCCUUGCCAAUCGUGACAAUAAUAAUUAAUUCGCGAUCUGGUUGACGGCGGCGACCAGAAUGACGAAACUGUUGCAUCACGUUCGUCGUCCGCGAUCAGCCGUUUUUCCCGAUACCGAUCGUUUCCGGUGUUUCCCCUUUGUCGGGUUUCCCUGCCCGAUAAAAUCGUGCGCAGUCGCCGCGGCCUUUAUCGCCAGCAACGGAGGGUGGGGGAGCAUCGAUCCAUGCUAUGACGACGAUUCCGCUUUCGUUCUCGUCGUACCCAAGCGGACAUUUAUGGAAAAAAAAAAAAAACACCAAAAUAACGAUUUCCACUCGAAAUUUCACUCUUACCACCCACCUACUCGCGUAUACCCGACGGGCGUACUGCAGUGGCGUCGCGAAAAUCAAACGGGGAGUGUUGCAGUCGUUGUACCUACGACGUAUUCGCGUUCUGGCCCUGAAAUCAUUGACAAAGCUUAUUUUUAGUACCUACUUAAUACAAAUUAUGCACACACAAUCCGGACUACUGUUUUAUGUUACAUAUUGUAUUAUUAUUAUUGUUACUACUAUUGUUAUCUAACGAUAUUUGGUUGGGAAAGCGCCACUGUUCAAAAUGUUUUUGGUUUUUUUCAUUCUGAUGGUUAUUUAUCUGCACAUGUUUUUAUUGCAUAUUUUUCUUUAUCGUUUUACAAUCCGAGUGAUCCGGUUAUACUUAUUAAUAAUAUCAUUACGAUAAUGUAAGAUUAAAUUAGUUUAUUCAUUAUUUUUUUUCACAUUGCAUUUAUAUUUCGCAAACGAAAUAUAAUAUUCAUCUGAUUUGCAUACGUCGCGUACCAAACUAUCCAUGAUUUCGGGGGGUUUUUUUUUUUUCUUCAAAUUAAAUAAAAUGAAAAAUUAUUGAAACCGUCAUACUAUCAUUUUAUUAAGUUCAUAUUAUUAUUAUACCUACCCAUGUUCGUCGAUGAUGCACACAAUAAGGUAUAUUUCUUAUUAUCAAAUAUUAUAUUGUUUAUUUUAUUUUAUUUAGCUACAUUAUAAUAAAUUUAUUUGAAUAAAUACCGAGAUAAAUUGGCUUAUUGGCAUUUCGUUUACAAAACAAGAUUAUUUCCUUUAAUUGUUCAUUGUUUUUUAUUAUUAAAUAAAUAAAACAGGCAUUAUAGGAAUUACAUUUUAAUAGGUAGGUUACCAGUACAUAGAUAUUUAUUGUUACUAGCUAUCUACCUAUUAAAAGUAGAUCAAUAUCUACAAUGAUUAUUUUUUAAGGGUAUAGGUACCUAUAUUCAUAUUGUUGAUUGUAAUGAUUACCUACAAGUAAAUUAGGCAAUUAUAAUUAUAAUUAUAAUUUUUAUUUUUUGUAUGUAUAUAUAUAUACCUGUAUAAUAUAUCCAUUCAUUAUAGGUAAUACCUAUUAGCUACUAUAACUUUUAAUUAUCAAUGUACUAAAUUAUUUUAUAAUAGGUACUUUUAAGAUUAAAAAAUAUAUACUAUAAAGGUGCCUUAUGUUAUUUUAAAAUCUACAUUACAUUAUAAUAUUAUAGACAUACUAUAAAAAAAAAAAAAAAUAAAUAUUAAUACAUGGUAGAAAUGUAGAAUGAGUGAAAUCCAUCUAUUCCAGUAUACCUAUUCAAUUCAUGUUAGAUUUGGAAUAUAGCGAGAAAUGUGAGAAAUGUAUUGGUUUUACAAUGAUGUUUAUUUUUUUAUUUUUCCUUUGAGCAACUUUUCUAUCAGAAAUAUUGAUUGAAUGUGUCAAGUAUAGCAUCUUUUUUGAAAGGAAAUUUUAUCUCCUUGGACCUUGAAGAAUAAGGGAGGUCAUUUUUUGAUUUUCUAUUCGGCUUUCAUUAUAAUUGGAAAAAAACGCGAAAAUUUACAUACAUCUAUAAAAGAAAUUUUACUUCAAAUUAUUUUACAUUAUAAAUUGUUUAUUGUUGUGCAUAGAUGUAAAUUCUCCUUUAUGUCCUACUUUCCCUAUUUCUCAUCUAUAACAGUGAUUCACCUAUCGUGCAAAGUAUGUCAGUCUUUUUUAAAUGUGAAUAUUACUUAUUUUUUUGAUGUAUUGUUUCAGAUUUUCAAAUCGACUAUUAAAAAUACUUAAUAUUUAGUAUUAUUGCGUAAUGCAAUAUCUAAAAAAAUGUUUACAAAAAUGUACUUAUGACAAAGGAUUAAAACUACCAAACUAAGAAUAGGAAGAUAUUUUAUGAAUAAAUCUGUUUUCUAAAUAAGCAUAACUUAGUUUAUUAUGGAAAACCUUCUAGUCUAUCAUGUGGACAUCGGAAGAUGGAUUACGUGUGAUUUUAACCUGCUAAACAAAACGUAACGUUUUUAAAAAUUUUAUCACCUACUCAUUUUAGUCAGAUAAUUAGUUUUUUAAAAAUGUUGUCUAUUACAGAGUAACUGAAUUGAAAGUAGAGAUUGAAAAAAAGGCUGACAUUCCAGUCAAUAAGCAAGUUUUACUAAUCAGUGGAGGAGGACAUCUUGAUUCAUCUAAGGCUGUAUCAUGUUACUGUGCCGGGACAGACACAAGUCCGUUCUUUUUGUUCAGCAAACGAAUGAUUGACCAUCCAGAUCCACCUUCUGCUUUUUUUGACACUCGACCUGGUAAGUUUUUGUAUCUAUUUCAUCUAUACAAUAUUUAAAAUAAGAUUAAACCACUUGGAUACUAAAAAUGUAUUACAUUCCCGCAUUUCCACUAUUAGACUGUUCCCACCAAUUACUCUUGCACCCUGUAAACACAGAGGCAGCAGUGGUGAUAAUGAGAACCAUUAAUUGUUAGAAUGAGGACUGGACUUGCUUAGGAGCUCAGUAUGCAUGUGAUACAAUUUUAUUUUGAAUAGAAUAUUGUCAAUUUUUAAUAAUUACAUAUGAUUAACUGUUUAUUAGUCUAUCAUUUACCCUUUUUAAAUUUAAGUGUUAGAAUAAUAUUAUAUUUGUAUGAUAUAUGAAAGGAUUGGUGUAGAUUCUUUUUCUAUUAAAAUAUUAGGGUUUGUGGAUAACCUCAAUAUCUUAGGUGAAAACUUAAAAAACAAAAAGAAAUGCAAAGACAGUGGAAUUAAAAGUCAACAAAGAAAAAACUAAAGUGAUGGAGACCGUAGGGAAAAAAACAAAAUCAUUUAGAGCCGGUUCAAUUUAUUUAUCACAUGAAAAUAUUAUCAUACGAUAUUAUAAUUGACAUAGUUAUAAAUUGAGCUGUCCUCAUGAUCAUGAUAAAAUGUUUUUCGAUAAAAUAAUCAUAUGAUGCCUUGAAAACUGUCGAAUGCACUUCAAUAAUAGUCUAAACAAUAAAAUUACCAUACAGCAAUAAUUGUUUUAUCUACACGUAUAAAAAUAAAUUGAUAAUAACACAAACAAUAAUUAUUGUUUUAAAACAUUCUACUGGAGUCAACUCGGUGUCAAAAUCAAUUGAAUUUGUGGAUGAGGAUUUAAAUAUUGAUAUUAAUAUUCUUAUCAGUGAAAUCUAAACAAUGUCUUUAUUUUGGGAUAAAAAUUUAAAUGAUUAUUCUGACAGGUACUUAAAAAAAUAUAGUAAAUAAAUAUAAAAAUAAGUGCAUUUUUUAUUUAUGUAAUUAUUUACUAUAUUUAUUGCAAGUAUUAACCAUUUUAAUAAUUUUGUUUUUUGCUUUAUUAUCUUAUUACUUAAAAAGAGUUGCAUAGAAAGAAAUUUGUAUUUAUUGUAAAAUGCACAAUAUACAACAUAUACUGCACACUGCAAAUAUAGCACACAUUGCACAGUUCAAUACUGACUACCUAUGUAAUUUAUAUAUUGUAUUAAUAUUUUUAUAUAAUUCUAGCUGAAUAACCUGUGUGCAGUUUUUUUGUAUUACCUACAACUUUUAUUUAUCAGUUUUUAUAUUACAGUUAUAGGGAAGGAAUAAUUGUGUUGAAAAUGUGUAGCCCGUGCCAUUUUUUGAAUUCUUUAUACCUUAAUUCCUGUGUUGCUUAGUAUAAUGGAUAGAAAAAAAAUAAGUGGAUAUGAAGUAGUCUUAUGGCAGACUAUGUGUCAUAAUAUGUUAUUUUGGUAGGCUUUGUUGCUAGAUUCAAGGUAUAUAAAUAAACAAAAUGUAAAAUCUUAUAAUAAUAAUAUCGGUUUUUAUAACAAAAGAUGAUUUAUGAUUUAUGAUUAUAAAGGUAUAGGAGUUGAGUAUUAAAACUCUUAAAGUCUAUAUAAACUUUCUGAGAAAAUUCUGAUCAAAACGCCACAUCACAAUUGGAUGAGAUUCAGAUGGAUGGGUACCAAAAAUACCCGAAAAAGCUAUUUUACCUCUUAUGGGUUAAAUGUUCAAAAAUCCUUUCUUAGUGGAUACUUUCAUCUUAAUAGAUAUCUAAUCUAUCUAAGAUUAUUAGAGAUCUAUAUACUAUAUUUCAGCCAGAUCUGUUCAUUAGUUUGGGUUAGACCUUGAUGAGUUAGUGAGAUAUUAUAGUUGUAUAAUGAGUACAAAAAUAACUAAUUAAUAUUUUGUUGUUAGUUGAUUUUAAAAAACAAAAAAAGUCGAUUCCUUAUAAAUUUAAUAUAUUUAAUUUGAAAAACUCUAAAAUAAUGUGGUAAUUGGCAACCAAUUUUUAAAAACUGGUAACCACUCAUCCUUAAUUUUUGAUAAUAUGAUUACCUGUUAUUUAUAAAUAAGUACCACAAAAUUAAUGUUGUCAGUAAAAAACUGUUCAUGAAUGUAUUUUACCAUGAUGUUAAUUGUUUUUUAAAAAAAAAAAAUGUUUAUAUUGUGUAUAAACAUUCUACCAGAAAUCUUGCUUCAAUAUAUGAAGUGUAGCACUUUUUUUUAAAGGGAAUUUUAUCUGGUUGGUUUAUACAAGUCAUUUUUAUGAUAAUUUCUAAUAAUUUGGAAAAACGGGAAAAUGUAUAAAAGUAAUGUUCUUAUUAUUUUUUAUUUUAUUUUUUUGUUUUUAUAGAAACCUUAUAUUUGCCUUUUCUGGACAUGGUAAAAUUUUCAUAAUAUUUUAGCCAUUUUUGAGCUACUUAUAGGCAUUUCAAUUUUGUGAGUUCUUUAUAUAAUAUUUAUUCAGUAGGUACUCUGUGAAUAAAAUUGUUAGACCAAACAGAAAUGUUUAAAAAUUUAACAGAAGGUUAAUUAUAAAUUGUACUUAGUGGUAAACAUGAAAAAGUUGAGUUUAAUGUAAUAUUUUUAUUAUUUAUUAGAGUUUUAAUCAAAUUGCUUUCAUCAAGUUUUUCUAAUUUUUUUUAUUUUUGCUUAAUUAUGACAGUUAUCACUGACAAAAACCUAGACAUUUUAGUUAAUUUUUAUUUUUUUUUUGUUUGUGGUAAAGCUAGAAUUAAAAAUAAUUGUUUUCCUUUGUAUUACAUUCCAAGUAAUAAACUCUGGAACUUGUAUUUGCUCGCUUAUCUCUUAAUUGGAAUGAUGGUACCAUUAAAAUUACCAAUAUUGUAAUAUCAUGCAUUAUGGAAAAACUGUUUAUAAUUCAAUUUAAAUUUAUUUCUAGGUAAAAACAAACAUUAUAAUAUGAUGUAUUUGUGUAUUUGGUCAUGCUUUUUCUGAUUAUUUUAAUAUUUUAAGUGUUUAUAAUAAAGUAUUUAAGAGCUUUUUUCAGUGCUUAUUGGGUAUUGGGAUGAUUACAAGUGCUAUAAGGUCCAAACCUUGCUUAUAAGCAAUGAAAAAUACAAAAAUACUCAUAAAUUAUUAUUUUGUAUCUGGCCCAAUCUACUGUGGUUUUGGUUUACUACUUUUACUGGUCAGAUCGAGGAUUUUAAUAGUUUAAAACCUUCUCCAGACUGUUGAUCAUUUUGCGAAAAACCCUUGUAAAAAUUGGUUCGGUUCAGAAAACAUGCUUGACAAAAAUUUCCAUUUUAUAUACAUAUAUAUAGAUUUAUAAUUAUAAAAUCUAUUUUUUUGUAAUUUUCAAUACUAAUACAUUUUUUGAUAUUUGCAUAUUUUGGAUUAUGCAUUCCACAUUUGAAGAAAAAUUAGUACAUAUUAUAUUGAUUUUUUUUAUUACAAUAAAAUCCGGUGUAAGGUAUUAUAAAUGCAUACUACACCCCCCUUUGAUCUUUUUUAAAAGUAAUUUAUUAGAAUUUUUUUUUAAAUUCAAAUUACUACUACAAAACUACUUUUUAGUGAGAAAAAUCAGCAAUUUAAUGUGUUGUUACCUGUAACAGUUAAUGUAUAAAAAAACCUUAGUGUACCUAUACAUUUUGUUGUUUAAAACAAAAUCUAUACAAAGCGCUAUAAUAUAAAGGAGAUUAGAUAAAUAUUGUAAAUAAUCACUUACCUAUACAUAUAGUUAUGUAUUUGAUAUUAAUAAUAAUUUUACACCAAAUUGAAUGAUAAUUUUGUUUACAAACAUAGAAUAUAAAUAAAAAAAAAGUUAAUUUUUUUAGACUGUAUAUACAUUCUACAAUAUGAAUAAUGUGACAUAAUUUCUUUAGUGAAUAUUUUUCUCCUUGAUAAAAUAAUCUUAAAUCGGUCACUUUUAUUAUACUCAUAUUUUACAUGGAAUCCAAUAGUUUAGUUUAUGUUUAGUUGUGUUUUUACCAUUUAAAUCAUCUGUUUAUAAAAUUAAGGUUUACCUGUAAAGCUGAUAUAUUUUAUUUGUAAUUAUUUAUCACUGUAGUUUCUGCAUAUCUUAAUUUAAAUUCCUUAACACCAAGGUCAUAUCUGAAAAGAUGGGUUUGAGGGUUUAAGCCUUUGCCCUAAAAAUUUUCAUGGAUUAUUUAUUGUUUUAUUUUCAAGGUAAAGUCUAAAAUACUUGUUAAAUAUGCUACCUACAGUUUUCUUUUACACUUCAAGUAUACAGGCUAUUCCAUGAAGAUAUACCCUUUGAAUAUCUCUGGAGGUAUUCAAAGGAUAUAUCUUUGUGGGAUAGCCUAUAUUUAGUAUUGACAAAAUUAAUAAUUAAGUAUGACUAGUUAUUAUAUUUUGAUAAUUGAGUACUUACUUUCUUCAUGUUUGAAGUUUAAAAUAAUUUAUAAAUAAAUUUACUAUUGUAAUUUUGGAUUAUUGUUUCAAUCAGUUACGACUAGUGUAUAUACUCAUAUUGGUAAAUAGAGUGUAUGUAUUUUACUGAAGUGUUUAGUAAAGUUGACAAAUAUUUUUUAAAUGCAUUUUAAUUGUUGAUGUAAUACUUAAAUGUUUGCUGAAAAUAAUUAAAAAGGUAAAAUAAAAUUUGAUUAUUAGAAUACCUAUUUAAAUUUUUAAGUAGGUAAGUUACUUAACCAAUGUUAUUUGUGUUUGUAUGAAAUAAAAAUUGAUUUGAUUAACUUCCUCUUCCCGAAAAUUUAGGCCAGCCUUGCCUGACACCUUGUAUUAGUAUUAUGUACCCUAUCUAUCUAACUUAGUGUGUACAACAAUGAUCAAAGACUCAUUUAAGUGGUUGAAAUAUAACUGGUAUCAUAGGUACUUAAUUAAAUUUCUAAGAGAGGUCUAAAAUUUGUUUAAUAUUAUAAGUAGGUACUAACAAACACCACUGAACUCAAUCCUUCCCUCCAAUUAUGACCUUGGGCUUAUGUAUUAUUAAUCAAGCCAGUAACAAUAAUGUAUGAAAAAGUCUAAAAGGGGGGGGGGCGAUCGAUAUGUCACCUCUCCGCCCAAAUCAUCAAUUAUGUCAUCAGUAUUUGCUGAUAAAAACCUAUUGAAUACCUCGGUAUCAGUUCUUUUUUUAUAAAUUUAUUUCCUGGUAGGUACUUUUUUUUUUUGGCGCAUGCAAAAAGUAAAAAAAAAAACCGGCCGUAUUUACAAAUUAUGCGUAAGUAGUUGUCCUCAAUAUUUUCACGGGAGUUAUUAGUUUAUAUUAAUAAUUAUUAUGUUCGUUGCCCUUGUAUUAAUGUUGGCUAAUGUACGUGAAUCGUCUUUUGACCCUGUCGACGGUCGAUAGGUUCGCCACUUCGCCAUUUCCUUAAAACGACCGCGCCAUUUGCCCUUCGGCGGUAUUAUGUGCUCUCUAUUAGUCGUACCUACCAUUUAAUUUUAUGAUCCGUUUUGUAACGGUAUCUUGUUCAUAAAUAAUAAUAUAAUAUAUAAGAUAAUAACUGCUAUACAUAUCUAUUAUAAUUUAUUUUAUCAUCUAAAUGUCGACGAAGUUAUUACCUAUUUAUUAUACAUACUUAUACAAGCUAUAUCUCUACCUCUUAGGUAUAUCUAUUUAAAGAGAGAGAUUAUAGAAAGUUUUAGCAAUACGAUAAACACGUGUAGAAAAUUUAAUAAGUGUCUUCAGAGGACGGUACACGUGUAUUUGUUGUUUCCAUCUUACUAUCACACGAUAUACCUAGUUAAAACAUGCUUACACAGACUACACAAAAUACUUUUGGUUUUAGAGUAAAAGCACCUAUUAUGAAAUUAAUAGACAACAAUUUUCCCGGGGGGGAGGGGGAGACAUUGCAGUCUUUCCACUUUCUUCGAAUUUAACAGUUAAUAAAUAACGACUUUUUCAAUGGUUUUUAAUUCGCCAAAACUUUUUCAAAAAAAUGCAAUGUCUUGCCCUCUAGAAUUAAUUCUCUAUUAAUUUCAUAAUAGUCGCUUUUUAUUCUAAAACUAAAACCAAGUGAGUUCUGUGUAGUCUGGGUAAGCAUGUUUUUACAAUAUCUUGUGUUUAUUAAAUGGAAACAACAAAAUAUAUAUAUGUAAUGUUCUCUUAAAUAUAAAGUCCAAACAUACACACACACAGAUAACAAUAAUAAAAUAAUACAAUUUUUGUAAAUUAUAAAUAGACACUUAAAACUAUUUAGUAGGUUAGCAAUAAUAUUAACUAUAUAGAAUUCAUUGUACAUAUUAUUCCAUAAAUAAGGUUUCAUUAAUAACUUCAGUGACCUAUAUAGAUUAGAUAAAUUUUCUUUUUUAGAUGUUCAAUUUGAUUUUUUUUUUAACACUAAACAUACUUUAUUCAAACUACUUAUGAAAAAUUACGUAUUUAUAUAGUGAUUGACUGAGAAAAUAACCAACUCAACAACAAGUUUGAAGUUAAUUUUAUUUUAAUACAAUUUUUUUUACUUACAUUCAUUACUAUAGAGUUAUCAUUAUUUUUGUUGUACCUAUUGUUUUAUUGACAUUCAAUUAUAAUAAUAAUAUUCUUUUAUUAUUUAUUGUUCACUUAAUAUCAUUGUAGUUAUGAUUUAUCCACUUGUUGUUUAGUACUUUUAAUGCGUUAACUGUUUGAUUUAGGUAAUUGAUUUUGAUUGUGUUUUGUCAUGUGGGCCAAUUUAAAUUGAUGGCUGUUAAUGAACAGAAUUAAUAAUUCUGAUUACUAUAACAAAACACACAAUAUACUUGUUCAAUAAUAUUAACAAAUUAUAAACAUUUUAUUAUUUUUAAAAAACUAAAAUUGUUUUAGAAUAAUACUAAAUAAUAAUAAUAUUUAUAUAUAAAUAUAUAUAUAAUAAAAGAACAAAAUAAAGUUUGGAGAAUUAUAUACUAGUAGGUUGUAUGUAAAAAAAAAUAUUAUGUUUUAAUUUAAAAAAUCAUCAGUUAAUUGAACAUCAGAUUCAAAAAAAUAAUCAUAAUUCUAACUGUAUCUAUCUUUAACAACAUUAUAACAAUUACUAAUUUUCUCUGUAUAGUUUUUCAAUAAAUUAAAUGUUUUUCAUUAGUUAAAAUCACAGUUAUAUAAUAUUAUUACGCCAACAUUUGGAUGUACCAAAACAAAAAUAUAUAUAUAAUUUUUUUGGUGAGCAUAUCUUUAUAUUUUAUUCAUACAUGUGUAACAAUACCAUGGAAUCUUAUUUAAAAACGUUCAGUUAGCAAGUUUCAAUUUUAUGCAAAUAUUCUAGGUAUAUAUAUUUUAUUUAUUUAUAUGGUUUAAAUUGUCAUUGAACAAAUAAGGUCCUAUGGCUGAUAAGGAAAAAAUCUAUAUGUAUUUUUGCUUUAUUUUAUUAUACACACACACAUGGGAAAACAAAUAUAUUUUUUGUCCAUCCUAGCCAACAUCUACUUUAAUAUGUUAUAUAAUGAUAUGUUACACUAUGAAUUUAUGUUUUGUGCUUUUAUAAAAUUGACAUAGACACAUUAUGUACCCAAACAUCAUUAUUUUCAUAUGAUCUUAACAUUCUAUUUGAAAACAAUUGUUAAACUUAAAUACUUAAUUAUUUUUUAAAUUUGUAUUUUAGAUGUUGACUUCACAAAAGAACACCGCAGAACUCAAGGAAUGCCAACAACAAUUGAAGCUUUAAAUGUUAGAGUUAAUCUAGCACAACAAUAUAGUGAAAAUGCUCAAUAUAAUUUAAACUGUAUAGAAACGCUUAUUAAUGAUCAACAUAUGAUGCAUCAAGGUAUCAAAUAACACUUUUAAAAAUGUUUUUUUUUUUUUUUCUAAAGUUAUUUUGUAUAACAAGAAAUUUAAAAGACUUGUUAUAUUUUAUGAUGGUUCCUAUAGAUUACAAUUUAAAUAAUGUUUAGGUUGGUCUGCUGCUGUCGCAAAUAUGCUAGAGACCGUUGAAAAAUUUAAAUUUAAAGCUGACAUUUUUGAAAAUGAUUUUAAACGUUAUUUAGAUGGACGAGAAGACAGUAUUAAUUUACUAAACAAGUAUGCAGUGAUAUAAUUUUAAUUAAUAUACUACAUAAUAUUAUGACCUGUAAAAAUAUAAUGUAGUACACUUAUAUAUUAGUUUGUCAAUAUUAGUAUUUUAUAAUAUAUAGUUUACAUAUAAUGUUGAAUGUUUUUUGUAUACAUUUUCAAACAAUUAAAAACUAUUAUUAUUAUUAUUCUUAUUAUUGUUAUUAUAUGUUUAAAUAUUGAAUCAAUAGUUUAUAUUUUUAAGCAUUUCAAAUUUUGGUUACCGUAGUAAUUAAAUAAAGAAAUAAUUGUAUUGCCUGUUGAAAUUAUAUUGCACUACUUUGUUCCUAUAAUCUUAAAGUAUUUAUAAAUAGUAAUUAUUGUUUUAAUAUUGUAUAUCUAUUAUCUAUAUAUAAAUAAUUAUGACUAUUUUAUUACAAUAAAUACAUAAGUACCAUUAUGUAGGUUUUAAGGGUUUAGCUUCCCCUAAAUUACUAAUAUUCUAACUACAAAAAGUUUAUAACAAAUCAAUUAUAUAAAAGAUUCAGCAUUCAGUAUUUUAAAAAGAAUAUCUUAAGAAGAGUAAUACAAUUAAAGAAUAUAAAACAUUACCAACAGGCUUAGAAUACGCAUAUUUUCAUAACAAAAUAACCAAAUAUAAACUAAACUAUGCACCAAUCAAAUACAAUGGUUUCUAUGGUUUAUACAAUAGAAAAAAGCACAAUGUUAACUGAAUUAUUAAAUUUGUUGGUAGUUAAUUAAUAAAAAAUUAAUAAUUAACAAUAAUUUAGUUUUUAUUAAUUAUUAAUUUUUCUCUUUUCAUAUUAAUUUCAGCCAACUUUUCAAUAAAAACAAUACAACAUGAUAAUUUAAAUAUUUCACCUUUAAAAUUAUUCCUAUAUCUUAAAAAUUACUUGAAAAUAAUCACUAAAAUUUAGAUAAUAUGUAUAUUUGAUUAAAUAUCAAAAGUUCCUUAGCCUAAUUAUUAGGAAAUAAUAAAAUAUUAUUUUAAAAGUAAUUCUAUUUUUUUUCAGUUUUAAUAAUAUUUUGAUAGAAAUUUCAAAAAUUCCUUUACUACCAGCAUUAUUGGAGAAUAAUUUUGAAGAACGAGCUCGUAUGGAGGAUUCAACAGCUAAUAUAAAAAAUAAAUCAUUGCUUGAAUGGGUCACUGCCUGUCAAGGUUUAUCAAAUUUGGAACAUAUUGUUGAACAUUGUGAAAAUAGUCUAAAACAGGUACUUUUAUAACUUUUUCUCACUCAAUAGAGUAUUUUUGGAAGUUUGCCAUACAAAUGGUGACCAAUGGGGUGAGCAUAUUUAAAACCACAAAUAAAAUAUUAAAAAAAACAUUUAUUUAAUCACCUCUCACUUCCUCUUGCAUUUUUCUAAAUUUUGAUAAACAAACACAUGAGGAAAUUUUGUUCACCACACCACUGAUAAUUAUUCUAGAGCGCUAAAAUAGUUUAUUCAUGGGAGUUCUUAAUGCAAGAUUUCAGCUAACCAGGCUAUGGGUCUAUAAAAUUAUUUUUAAGUUUAGUAAAAACAAUUAAAACACCUAGGGGAAUAUUUAGGGGCCGAUCACAGUCAGCAAUUGUAGGCCAUUGUUAUAGAAUCUUAGGAAUUACAGAUUAAACACUUCAUAAAUAAAUAAUUAUUAAUUAAUAUUUAAUUCAUGUUUUCAGUUUGAUGAAGAAAUGUUAAAUGCUGUUUUACAAGAAGUAUCUGCCAUGAAUGAAUAUUCUCGUAGAAAUGAUUGUUCAGAAAUUAAAGGACUUGAACAUAGGUUAUUUAAACUUGCUCAGAUGAUGGACGAAAGUAAGAGAUUAGCCGAAGAACAAAACCAUCUUGCUGAGGUAAGUAUUUUUAAUUCUUAACAUUUUAUCAAAGAAAUUUAACUAUGAAAUUGUUAUUAGGCUAUUAAAAUGAACCAUGCAAAAGCUGCUAAUGAAGGUGAUGUGUCAGUGAUUAGUGUGCUAUUAGCAUCACAUGAUAAACAAUUAGAAAUGAUGUUCAAAAACAAUUCACGAUUAUGUGAUAUUCGAAAACGAAGUAUUUUAGCUAAACAAGAGCUAUGCAAUAAUUUACACCCACGGUUCAAGUAAAUUAUUUUAUUAAUUAUAAAACCUUUAGGUUUGUUCCAACACGGAAAUUCUAGACUGGUUGUGAGCUGAUCUGUAAUUGAUUUACUGCACGUGUAGACUGAUCAUCGUAGAUUCGGAAUUUUGUUUGAACGUGUUUCUGACCAACUUUGAUUGUCUAUGAUUGUAGAUUAUAGAUAGAUAAAAAAACCUGAUAAUUUAAUACCAUUUAAUAUUAGAUGGACUGCACGUAUUUAUUAUUAAUACUAUCUAUUGCGGCACAUAAUAAUAUCAAAUAGUGUUAUUAUCAAUAUAUGUGGGACUGUUAUCAUAUUUUUUUUAUCACUAACUAAUUAAAAUAAGACAUUUUCACAGAGUAAUAAUAAUACAUUUUAAACUUUAAACAUUCAUAGGUACAUUUAUGUAGAUUUAACAUGAGGUGUAAUACAAUUCUACAAAUAUCACAAUGCAUAGUAUGUUUGUGUAUUAAUUUAUUUUGUUAUUUGGUUCUUUUUUUUUGGUUAAAUAGGCAAUGUAAUUUAUGAAUAUAAAGUUAAAUGAGUACAAGUAUACAUGUAUAUAAAAAAUCAAACUAUUAUUGUAAAAGCAUUUUGUAUUACUAUUAAAUAAAUAUUUAAUACAAUAAUGUGUACCGCAAGAUGGUGUCCUUUCCCCUAUCUUCUACAAUAUUUUUGCUAGACCAAUCAACUAUACCUAAUGCACUAGUUGCUGACUAUGCAGAUGAUAAGACAAUUUUAUCUAUAUACUCUGAUCCCUUUGUUGCUACUCAAAUCUCACCUCAUUCUUACGGAAAAAUGUAAAGUUUUGACUGGAGGAGUAAGGAAUUGUAAUAUCUAUAAUAAAUAUUGACAUAGUUUGUAAAUAAUACACUAGAUGGUGUUAGUGGCCUUAUCAGAACCCAAAAGUGAGAAGGUUCGAGCUUAAUUUAUCACACAUUCGAUUUCUUGUAUAUCUUAAUCCGUGGUUGGAACCAAUCUUAUAAAUAUAUACAUGUAUAAUAGUGUCUUUUUUCCUAACUAAGUCCUAACUAAAUUUAAACAUAAAAUACGAAAAUAAGAGUUGAUACUGGAGACGGGGUGCAGCCACUGCUGUAGAUAAGAUGCAUAGUUUUUUUAUUUAUACUUGUAACCAACAAUAAACUAUUUAUAACGGAAAACUAUUCAAAUCGAAAUUUAGUUAUACAUGUUUUGAAAGGCCAUAAUAUUUACGUUUUUCAAUAAAAUUUGAUUUUAACUCUUAUAAAAAAAAAACAAAUACUACAUUAAACUAAAUUUUUUUUCACCACCAAGUACAACUUAAAACUUGUAACUUACCAUUCCUAUCAAAUUUUCAAACAUUUCUGUUAAGUUUAACAAUUUAUCUAUAAAUAGCUCAAAAAUUACUCAAAAUUUUCAUUGAUUUUAUUAUUUUAAAUUUUGUUUUUCUAAUGUAAUUCAGUUAACAAUAUUCGUAGCCUUAAAAUCUUGACAGAAAACUUAUAUUUACUUUUUCUAGACGUUUUAAUAUUUUCAGAAUAUUUAAGCAAUUUUUUAUCUAUUUAUAGACAUUUUAAUUUAGAGAGUUUUGAUGGAACUUUUGGUAGGUAUUCUGUAAAUAAAUUGUUAGAACAGAAAUGCUUGAAAAUUGAAUAGGAAUUUCAUUAUACCUUCCUUAUAGUAAAAAAAAAAUAAUUUAUUUUAAUGAAGUAUUAUUUAUUUUUUUUAAUGAGAGUUUUAAAAUCAAAUUUUUCACAACAAUAGUAAAUAUUACAACAUUUCAAAAUAUGUAUAAUGGAACUCUCCUCAGUUGUUUUCAUUUGCUAUAGAUUGUUGUUUCUUACAGGUGUAAAUUAGAUAACUUUAUGUAUCUUACCUUCCCAACUUUCCACUUACAAAAGUGGCAGUACCUAUCUCCAGAUAAACUUUUUUGCACUUUUUUUUAAUAUUUUAAUUUUGAGAUUUAUGAAUUAAUAACUAUAAUAUUGAUUACUAUACUGGAGAAAUACUGACCCCCCAACAAUUUAUCCUAUUUAUGCCUAUGUAUAUAUAUAUAUAUUGUAAUUCUAAGAAUAUUCAAAAUAUAUAUAUUUUUUUUUUUUUUUAACUAUGAACCAUUAAUAAAAACUAUUUAUUGACAUAUAUGUAUAUAUUAUUUUAUUUUUUAAAGGUGGUUAAUUCUUAUAGAAAAUAAAGUAAGUGAUGUCGAAGCUAUUAUGCUAUUAUACAAUGAUAGUAUAAAGUUAACUCGUGAAUAUUUGGAUGUUGUUGAACAAUUACAAAACACUCCGAAACUUUAUUUUAAUGCAGUAGCUGAAGUAGUCAGAAGAAGAAUAUUUUCUCAAGCUUUACUUAUUGUAAGUCAUAUUUUCAUUUUUGUAUACAAGGUAUUCUACUAAGAAUGCUCAUCCCAUUUUUUUGGUUAUAUUUUGCAUAUAUUCAAAUUAUGAUUUUUGAAAUUUUUAAAUUCAGUUAAAGCCAAUAUUUUCCAAUACUUAGAUUUUUCACAAUAUUUAAGAAGUAUCCUGUGGUGUUACUAACUUUGGUUUUUUAAAAGAUAACCUAUAUUAAAAAAUGCAUAAAUUGAUGGAGUAUUACUAUUACUGUGUACCAUACACAAUGAUAUUCUACUACUCUCCCCCUACCUUUACAUAAAAGUAGAAUAUCUCUAACAGGUUAAUGGAAAUCAGACAUUUAACAUUAAUUUAUUUACAUUGACUCCAUUUAUUUAUAGCAUUCUUAAUACAUGUUAUUUUAAAAACCAAAAUUGGACACUCCUUAAAUGUUGUGAAAAUUCUAUUCAAAAAUACCAGCUUUAACUACACUUAAAAAUUACAAAAAUCAAAAUUUAACAGAAAAAAUUGGGUAAAUGUGCCUGUGAAUCACCCUGUAUAUUGAGUAAAGAUACAUUUUUAAUUAUUUCAAAAAUAAAUGUGCUAUAGUUAUUUAAACAACUAUUACACAUUUUAGUGGUCUAGUGAUCUUGCCUGUCAUAUGAUAUCCCGUCAUUCAGAUGAAAUAGCUAAACGCAAAAAUUUUCAAUCUCUGUUUGAUGGUCAUUUUUUAAAUCCAUUAUUUCCUGGAUUAGAGGAUAUGCCACCACCAUUUGCUACACAAGCCCCACAGUUAUUUGAUUAUAACUUACCUAAAGUAAUAUCAAGUAGUAUAUACUAAACUAUAGUAUUUAAGUAAAUGUUUAUUUAUUAUAUUAUUUUUUAAAUUUUCAGCUUUGUUUAGAAGAUUUGGAUACAUUAAUAAAGCAAUUGCCUCAAAUAGCUCGGUUAACAUCAGUACCUAAUUUCAAUGCAAUUACACGGUUCUUUUUAUCAAAAUCUAUACAAGAAGAUGGUACAUUAGCUAUUGAAUUUGAUAAUGAUCAUAAAUCUGUUGCUUUUGAAACUAAUAAUAGAAUGCUAGUUAAUAUGGAAACUGUAGAAGAAAAAUUGAAUGAAGUAAUGACAGCUGUAGGCCUUGGAUCUUGUAAAAAUGAUUUAUUUCAAGAAUCAGAUGUUACUAAAAGAACACAUGCAGAAAUGUAUGUAAAAUAAAUAAUUUUAUAAUUGUUUAUCUAUGGUUUUGUAUUAUGUUUUGCCUAAUAUUAUUUUUUCAAAACAAUUUAUUGUUGAAAAAUAUAUAAUAAAUAGGUAAACUAAUAUCCCUUAUUUCUCUAAUAAAAACUGUAAAAAUCAAAAUAGAAUCUUGUUACGAAGACUUGUUUAUAAUUGAUUUUUCUUUUUUAAUCCAUGUAAAUAUUUCAAUUAUUACAGUUUUAAGAAAAUUAUGUUCCAAUACAAAUGAGUAAAGAUUUUGUUUACCUAUUUGUUUCAUUAAUAUUAGGGAUAAUUUUAUCUUCAUGGCUGUACUCAAUUUAAAUAAACAUCUAAUGGAGGUGAACUGGAAUUGGAAUGAUUAUUUGAUUGAUUAGGUACAUGUAAAAUUAAAUAAAAGAAUAAUGGUGUAAACUGGUUUUAAAAGUAAAACAUGUCUCAUAAGCUCCUAAAGUUUAAAGUUGUUUUCUAACAGUUAGUUUACACUGAAACCAAUUAUAUUGUAAAAUUUAAAUAUAAUAGUUUUAAUAUCAAUAAUACUUGCAGCUCUGCAUUAUUAUUUUAAGUAUAUCUUUCUUUUCUUCUUCUUCUUAGGUGAUCUGUUCACUCAAAUUUAUAAAAUCCACUAUUCAAUUGUAUGUUAUUAUAAAAUGUUUGAAUAAUUAAUUUCAUGUUUAAUUUUUCCUGUACUAAGUGCAAUUAGCUAGAUAUUUAAAUACAAUGUUCUAGUCAGUAUGUAACAUCUUAAAAUAUAAUAUAAAACUCAUAACAUAUUCAAUUUAACUACAUACAUUAAUUGUCCACUAUUUAGAUUUUAUUCUUUUUAAUACUAGAAUGGAAAUUAAUUACAACCUAUGAAAAAAAUAUAAUUUAGCAAAUAAAAAAAAUAGAUGUGUGCCUUUCCCAAGUUGAAAGAUCAAUUUUAGAUGGGCUACAGUGUGUUUAUGUUAUCUUAAUAUUAAUUGUGUAAAUCUAAUUUAAGCGAUAAGGAAAGUAAAAUUUUAUAUUCUUUUGUCAUGAUUGUUUGGAAGUUUUUAUAUGUAAAACAUUCAUACAAAUUUUGAUUGGUACCUAUUUUCAAAAUUUUUUAAAUACAAUUUAAAAUAAUAAUUUAUUGUAGUUGUAUUUCAUUAUAAUUUUAAACAGAAAUAAGUAGGUACUAGAAAUUACAAAUUUUAUCAAAACUAUAGAAGUACUAUUAACAAAAUAUGAAAAUCAUAGCACCAUUUUAUAAAAAAUAGGUACCCUAGAUAAAUAUACAUUUAUUUUUUUUAAUUGUCGUUUUCUAUUGUGAUAAAGAAAGUUUGUAUUCUUUUUGACAGUGUUGAAACAAAGAAUAAUAUAUUUCAUAUAUAUAAAUAAUAAUAGGUUCUAACACUUAUAAUAGGUAUAGGUAAGAGAGUAUAUUUUUUUUUUGUUUAUACAACAUAAAUAUUGUAUCUAUAAUAAUUUAUCUUCUAUACAAAUAUGGCAGGUAUAUCAACCUUAAAAUAAAAUAUUCAAAUACAUUUACAAGUAUCCUAAUCCUAUGUCCUAGUAUUAUUGCAUAGUCAUGAAAUAAACUAAAAUGUUUAUGAGCAAAGUCGACCUGUCAAUUGUUUAACUCCAGAAUUUUUUUUAUGUUAAAAAUUUGGGUUUUUAUUAAAGUCUUAUAGCCUGAGUAAUUUUUAUUUAUGCCAAACAGUUUUUACAAUUUAACUGUUGUUUAUAGGUAUAUUUAAUGUAUAACAUUAAUACUAAUAAAUAUAUACUUUUAACUAAUUUAUUGUAUUUAAGUAAUUAUGUAUUACAUUUUGAUUUCAGGGAAAAUGACAGUUAUAAUUCAGUUAACUUUAUGUUACCACACAAAUAUAUUGGAAGCCAUCAAGAAGUACUGAUUUUACACAUAUUAUAAAUUAUAACCAAAUAUAAUAUAUUUGGUGUAUCUGCAGGAUUCAACAAUUUUCUAUACAAUUGCAUAGUUCAUUGUCAAAUCUUCCAGAUAUGAUCUGUAUAAAUUUAAGUAGUUUAAAAAAAAAAACUUAAAUAUGUAGGGAAAAUCUUACUUCAUAUAUUUUUAUCUUGGGUUAAAUUACAGUAAAACUACACAGAAUAAACAAAGCUAAAUAUUAGGUUUUCUCUUUUCAAUAGUUUAAUUUUAAACUAAAAUAAAAAACUUUAAAAAUAAUUAAUAAAAAACAUGAAAUAUGAAUUUCUAUAUUUGUUUUAAAAUUAAAAUAUUGAAAAAAAACUCUGUCAUUUUGUAAAUUGUUGAGUUUGCUUCAGUUGUAAUUUUGUAACUUAAAAAUAAAUCUUUUUGAUGAAAAUCUGGAGUAAGAUUUAUUUUAUAUUUAGUAUUGGUCAAAUGAUAAAGUAAAUUCCAGUCUUGCACAAUACACAUUCUAAAUAUAUAUUUUCGUAUUGUUUUUUCUUUUCAGAAUACUAUUCAGUUAUUGAAAAAUAGUAUCUACAGUUUGGAAAAAUUAGCAAAUAUCUCAAUUAAAACAUUACGGUCAGAUUUAAAUAUAUUUAAAAAAUGUGUGGUUGAACAAAAUUUAGAUAUGGAUACCUUUACUAAUGAUUUACAAACAAAAUAUGAGAUUCAAACUUCACAUAUACAUAAACUGGUUCAAGUAAAUUUAUUUUAUAAAUACAUUUAUACCUAAUAACAUUGAUUAUAUACAUAUAAUUGGAGAUGUUACAAACUGUCAAUACAAUGUUCUGUGGUGGUAUAGGACAGUCUUGUAAUGAAAAAGAAAAAUAUUACUUUUUUUCCCAUUAGUGGGUUUCAUAAUAUUUUAUUAUACUUUAUUUUUUAACUAUCAUACAAAUAUACAACUUCUAUCAUCACACCACAGAAUAACCUUUAUUUAUUAACCUAUAGCAUUUAAGAGAAAAAUGAUUUGUAACCCCGGCUUCUAUGACUUCUACUGAACACAUCUAUUCUUGUAGAAUCUGUAUACAAUUCUUCAUUUUGAUUUGAUAUUUUUCUAAAAUGUAUUUUUUACAUUUGACAACUUCGUAAUGAAUCCAAAAGAAGCAAAACUUGCUACCACUUGCAUCUGCAGUUUUUUUCAAUUGAAAUUUAUCAGCAUAAACCAUAAAAUGUUGCAUCUCUCUGAAUCUGAAAAAAUAUUCGGACAAAUUUUCUGAAAUCUCCAAAAUUGUCAAUUCCCUCUCUUCUUUUGGAUUCAUUACAAAAAUCACCAAACUUGAAAAAUAUCAGUGAAAUCAAAUCGAAGAAGUUUUUAGAGAAUCAAUAAAAACAAAUGUACUCAGAAAAAGUAAUAGAAGCAAGUGAUACCAAUCCUACUGCUCUUCAAUGACCAGUUUCUGAGUGAUACUACUAGUCUGGAUACUUUUUUAUUAGGCCUCGUAUAAUAUAUGUAUUAUUAUUGUAUAUAUAAUCAAUGCUAAUAGGUGUGUGUAAAAACUAAAAAGUUCGAAAAUGUUUCACUAAAAAUAUUUUGCCUCAACAUAAUUUUAUGAAUCUAUUUUGCUUGAAAAAAAAAACAGAUUAUUUUGUCACAAUAUUUUAAAAAAUAUGAUUAUAACAAUGAACCUAAUAUUUGUGUAAAUAAUUAUUAAAUUAAAUUUAUUUUAGUGUGCCGAAGAAAGCAAUCGUGAAUUGGAUCGUAUGAGAAUGAGAAUAAAUGAAUUAGAAUCUCUUGUGAAAAUUCACUUAGAAAAUGAAGAACAUGAACGACAAUUACGUUUAGGGCUUGAAAAUGAAAAGGACGAGUGGAUGGAACACACACGAAAUGAAAUUAGGAAUCAAUUAAUAAAUGAUCAUAAAAAAGAACUUGAAAUGGUAAAAGCAAGGUUUAAAAUAUUUACCCAAACAGCUAAUAUGGAACGUAGUACGAGUGAGCAAAGCUUAGAAAAAAUCAAGGUUAAUAUUCAUAAUAAACUUGUUAUAUAUUAACCUACCUAUUAUUAAUUAAUUUAAAAUCUUUACUAAUUUUUUUUAUGUAAUUAUACAUUUUUUCAUAAUAAAUAAUAAUUAAAAUUAACAUCUCAUUUUAAUACUGAUAACUACAUUGAUGUUCUAUUAAAAGCUUUAUUUUUUUAAAAAAAAUGUAAAAAUCCAUUAAAGAACUAUACUUUAAAAAUAAAUAAAAGUAAUAUGUAUGUUUUUACAUAACUUUAAAUUACAUUGAAUGGUAAUACUAGAACAAAUGAGCAUAAUAUAUUUAGAUAUAAUUGUUGAAUAAUUUAAAAUUAAAGUAAUCCUUUGUCCACAUUAUAUUGACAUAAUAUCAUAUGAUUAGGUCUUUCAUUUAAAUAUGUUUGUUAUUUUUGAAAAAACCAAAAUUACCUGUAACCUUAUAUUGAAAUUGUAUGCAUUUUGAACAGAGGUUUGAUGUAAUUGAACUAGUCAAUCAUGAAGCGAUGAUGUCUCAACUUAAAGAAGAUUUACUACUAGAAAAAGAACAGUCAAUUCAAGAAAUACUAAAAAAAUGUGAACAACAAAUAACUCGUGAACGACAAAUGAAAUUUGAUGGUGGAUUAAAGGAUGAACAAGUAAUUGUCAGUAGUUUUAAAAUUUAAUUACUAAUAUUUUUAUUUAAUAUAUUAUAUUAUAUUUUUUUGAGUGUUAUUAAAAGGUUAUAUCUUUUAAAAAUAUGUAAUGUGUGUAUGUGAAUUGUGCAUUUUAAAUAACAAUGUUUGUUCUAGUGUCUUUGGGAUGAGAGCAAGAAAGAAAAUACAGAUGAUAAAAAUAAGUCUUUAAAAUGUCCAAAAGACAAAAAUACUAAUGAACUUAAAUCAAGUUUAUACAAUCAAAAAUCUAGGUCAAAUAGUAUUGCUGUGCCAGAGUGGUAAGCAUAUAAGAAAUACCAUAAUAUAAUAUUUUAAUCUGUGCAUCCAAUAUAUGUGUAACAAUUUUAUUUUAUCAGAGUUCAUUGAUUUCUCAAUAAUAUAAAACAUUUAAUAUAUAACUGCAUAGUUAAAAAUAUAUUAUAGAUAUGUAUUUUCAAUUAUUAUAUAUAUAUAUGUAAUAUUUCUGAAUAUUAUUUCAAUGGACAUUGGUGAAUGAUUAUAAAUCAAUUUCUGAAUAAACUUAAGGUAGUGUUAAUUUUAAUUUCAAAUUGAGUCAUUAUAUUCCAGAUAUAAAGCUUAAAUGAUUUAGAGUAACCAAUUAUUUAGGAUUAUAUCAGUUAAUAAGUAUAAAUAUAACACAAAAUGUAAUAAUACAUAUUAUUGCUAGCAUAACUCAGAUCUAUCACUGACAAAGGUUUGUUGGAAGAAAACCAUGCAUCAAGUAAUUCUUAACCAUAUAAUGUAUCAUGUGUUUUUUAUAAUGAACUCAAUUCAGAUGCAGCUGUUUUUAUAUUACAAUAAAAAUAAAAGGGAGGCACUUUUAAGAUACAUUCUUCCAGGAAUGUAGGACAGUAGUCAGGGACCCUUAUAAAGUUAUAAAUAAAACAUUAGUUUUGUUUAUUAAAUAUAAUAUAAUGCUAGUAACACACUUUGUACAAUUUUUUUUUUAUUACAAUUAGGGAUCUAAGCACAAGCUCCUCAUCAAGCAGUGUAUUUGUGGAUGUGGUAUGUAUAAUGAUAAAUAAUUAUAAACUUAUUGUUAAUUUAUAAAAGUAUUAUAUUACAUGGUAAAAUUAUUUAUGCAGAGUAAAAGUUCAAGUUCUGAGUCUGAUGAAGGAAAACUGUGUAUCAGCUCGUAAGUAUUUCUUGAAUGAUAAUAAAAUUAGCAUUAUUUAUAAUCCAUUUACAUGUAUAUAUAUAUAUAAUCUAUAAAUAAUAUAUAUUAAUUAUUUAUCUAUUUCAGUUUCAAUGUUGGAAAUGUUGUUUUGGUUAUAUGGGAUUCCAUUUAUAGAAAUUAUGUUAUAUAUCAAGAAAAUAACAGAAACCUUAUUUUUUUACAUCCAGAUAGCAUAGACAACUUGUCUUUAAAAGUUAGCUUAGGUGAGUAGUCUGUUGUUUUAUUUAUUAAAUGUAUUUAUUAAUCUAAUAAAUAACAUUUUAUUUUAUUCUUAGAUGAGACACCAAAAUUACAGCAUUUUUCUGCUGAAGUAUUACAAAAAGAAUAUUGUCAAGCAGUCAAGGUUAUUUAAUGUUUUUAUUAUAUUAGACAACUUUUGUUUAACUACUUAUUAUAAAUACUAUUUUUUCACAGGAGGAUAACAGAUACAGAGUUAAAAAGGGAAUGAAAUUCUACAGAGUUAAAGUACAAUUGCUCAAGGCACCAGGUCAUAAAAGAGAAGUAUCAGAAUCGGAUAGUACUAUUUCUGUAACAUUAGUUCAAUAGGAAUAAAUGUGAUAUAUUUGAGUAGUAUUGAUAUAAUAAUUUAAAUGCUUUCAAAAAACUAAAUUUGUGAAGAUAUAAGCUAUGUUGCUUUAAGCUAAUAAUGUCACAAACAUAUAAAUUUAAAUGUUAAAUUUCCUUUAUAUAUCAAACUAUUGUAACACGUAUUUAUCUCAUUUUAAAAAUUAUUCUUUAGGUAGAUUUAAUGUGUUAACUUAUAUAACUAUUUAAUUUAUAUAUAUAUAUAUAUGUAAUAGAAUUCAAUAUUCAUAUAUUUUUUUUGUUUGUUAAUGUUAUUUUUGGACAAUUUAAUUUUAAUGAUAACUUUUGAUGCUUACAUUUUAUUUACCCAAUGAUUCUCACAUAUUGUAAUUAAAUAAUGAAAUUAUUAGAUACCUACUAUUAGCAUUCUACCAAUUUUUAAUAUAGAUGUAUUAUUAAAUUAUGUUAAUUAAGAAUAAUUAUUUAAACUUAAAAUAUUAUGCUAAUAUAUUUUUAAGUACGUAUUAUUAAUUUUUUUGUAGUUUCCAUAUUCUUUAAUAUAUAUGAAUUUAUUAUAUUCUAGGUUAGUAAUAGAAUUUUAAACCUUAACACUAAAUAAUUUUUGUGCAAUUAAUUUUUUUUUUUUACAAAUUUAAAAUGUUUCUCAUAAUAUGUUAACUUAGUUCUUCCCAAUUCCAGAAGGAAUAUAUUAGUCAUUUGUAAUUAGAUGUAUUAAUACACAAAUCUAUUUAAACUACUUACAUAUUUCAAAAUAUCAUGCUUUAUUGUGGCAUGGAUAUAAGAAUUUAUAAAUAUGAAAUUAGGAAUUCUUAAUAUUAAAUUAUUAAUUAUUUUAACUAGUAAAUAAUCUUGAGCUCUGUUUAUUUUGGUAGAUAUUUAGAUAAGUACCACUUUUUAAAUUGUACUUAAUGUCUUUAUGAAUCUAUUUAAGUUUUUUGAAUUGAAUAUUUUAUUGUUAGUAUAUACUUCCCAAAAAGUACUUUAUUAAUACUAUUUCCUUUAUUAUAUUUUAUACAAAUGUUAUCUCUUAGUUAGAAUGAAUAUGUUUUAUAAUUUUAAUACAAUUGGUUAUUUUAUUUUUAUUUUUUAAAUCUCAGUAGAAAAUUAAUUUUGACUCUCAGAGUUUGAUUGAAAAUAUUAUUAGUAUUAUAUUUACAAAUUUAUUUUGAUACUUCUGUGGUAUAUAAAUUUUAAAAUUCUUAAUUGUUCAUCAUAUUCACCAAAGAUAGUAAACAAUGUCCUCAAUUUAAUUUCAAUGUUUUUAUUGUCUUUUAGUUGUUUUGUAAAUAUAGCCUAUGUACAUAACAAAUUAUAUAUAUAUAUAUUAUGUUCUUAUUAUAUAUUGUUAACUGUUAAUUGUUAAGGAACUCAAAAAAAGUGAUUGUUUAUUGUCUAUUGUAUAUCUGUAUGUCAAAUUAAUUUUUAAUAAAGUUGGCUGUGUGUAUUUUUUUUAAAAAAUUUGUUGAAUUUUACUAAUAAAUCAUUUGAUGAUAUGGUUAUAUACUCUACACCACGAGAGAAGUAAACCUUUGCCUCAACCGAAAUGCAUUCAAUUCUGCGCAUCCCCAUGUACUUGCUGGGGUCUAAAUGGGGCCUCAUGUCCUUGGUUGGCAUGCGCGAAACGGUUUACUUCUCUCGUGGCGCGGAAUAUAGUAACAUAUAAUAAUUCUAAAAUAAAAUAAUUCAUAAAUAUUUUUUUUAAUAAUGCAAUUACACUGCAUCUUCUCAUU